AUGGCCGAUGUGCCAAAAACCUUACUCGAUGAACUCUCCAAUCUCGAGAACCUGUUCACAGUUGAUGCCGCAACACUUAAGAAGGUUACCGAUCAUUUCGUGUCUGAGUUAGCCGCUGGCUUGGAAAAAGAAGGAGGCAACAUUCCAAUGAACCCGACUUGGGUCAUGGCAUUCCCGGAUGGAGACGAGCAAGGCACUUUUCUUGCCCUGGACAUGGGCGGCACCAACCUGCGGGUCUGCGAGAUCACUCUGACGGAAGAGAAGGGCGAAUUCGACAUAAUCCAGAGUAAAUACCGUAUGCCGGAGGAGCUCAAGACAGGCACUGCAGACGAGCUAUGGGAAUAUAUCGCGGACUGCUUACAACAGUUCAUCGAAUUCCACCACGAGGAAGAAGAGGUGCUCAACCUGCCACUCGGCUUCACUUUCUCCUACCCAGCUACCCAGCACUACAUCGAUCACGGUAUUCUCCAGCGAUGGACCAAAGGGUUUGACAUCUCAGGAGUCGAAGGUGAAGACGUUGUUCCUCAGUUUCAAGCUGCGCUCGAGGCCAGGAAUCUGCCAAUCAAGCUUGUAGCUCUCAUCAACGACACCACUGGCACGUUGAUCGCUUCAGCCUACACCGACCAGGCCAUGCGAGUCGGCUGCAUCUUCGGCACCGGUUGUAACGCUGCCUACAUGGAGGAUUGUGGCUCAAUACCUAAACUGAAGCAUUUGAACCUGCCUGAUGACUGCCCCAUGGCCAUCAAUUGCGAAUAUGGAGCUUUUGACAAUGAGCACAAGGUCCUGCCGAUCACAAAGUAUGACACCAUUAUCGACGAGGAGUCUCCUCGACCCGGGCAGCAGGCUUUCGAGAAGAUGAUCGCCGGCUUGUACCUGGGCGAAAUCUUCCGUCUCGUCCUCGUUGAUCUCCACGAGAACAAGAACUUGUUGUUUGAAGGUCAGGACAUUUCCAAGUUGAAGAAACCCUACACCAUUGACGCCUCAUUCCUCGCCCUCAUCGAGGAAGAUCCGUUCGAGAAUUUGCAGGAAACGCAUGACCUGUUCGAGAAGGACCUCAACAUCAACCCAAGCAAGCCGGAACUGGAGUUGUGCCGACGUUUGGCGGAGCUGAUUGGAACCCGGGCUGCACGUCUGUCCGCCUGCGGCGUGGCUGCCAUUUGCAAGAAAAAGAACAUCGAAACUUGCCAUGUCGGCGCGGAUGGCUCGGUUUUCACCAAAUAUCCUCACUUCAAGGCUCGCGGCGCCCAGGCGCUGCGCGAAAUCCUCGACUGGCCAAAGGGGAAAAAGGAUCCCGUCGUCAUCCUUAGUGCGGAGGAUGGAAGCGGCGUGGGCGCUGCUGUCAUCGCUGCGCUCACGCUUAAGAGGAUCAAAGUGGGCAACACUGUUGGGGUUAAGGAAUUGGAGCAGUUGAAGCAACUCGCGAUUUAG